AGCUUCCCGGUGCAGUGUUGUUUUGCUAGCGGCUGUUCCAAACAUCAAACAUCACAUUUCUUAUUGAAAACAAACCAGAGGACCGUGGCGGUGCAGCUGCAGGUGAGACAGACUCUAACGUGAAGCUGUCGCAGGGAUGCACACAUCGAUAUGUGAAAUCCUCGUCUCUUCAGAGCCUGACUCCUCCUACUUCUUGCGUUUGGACUGGGAGGGGCGGGGCUUAGCUUCAGGCUUCCAGUGCAUGCUGACUGAUGGACAGACUGCAUGGAGAGGGGCAGUUAGCGAGGCGGCAGUGUGCAGUGAAGCCGAGGAGCUGGAGAUGCAGAUGGAGCGCUACAUCCGGGACCUCCAACAGGCGCUGACAACGGCAGAAAGCUCCACCUCCUACAGCUUUAGCCUGACACCAAGUCCACCAAACCACAGCUCCGCGGUAAUGCUGACGUAUGAGAAGAUAGAGAAGGACCUCUCAUUCAGGUUGGGCUGCGUGAUGCUGGAGGCCGUCACAGAGCCAGCGGAGGCAGUGAGGGAGUUACUGACUCACAGUCUGCACAAAGGAAACACUCUGCAGCACCACAACCAGAAACUGCAGGAGGAGAACCAGAGACUGAGACGAGAACAGCAACGCAUCGCUGCAGAGCUGAAGCGUUAUGCUCAUGGUAAAGAGGCCCUGGAGGCAGAGCUGUACUCUCGCUUUGUCCUGGUCCUAAACGAGAAGAAAGCCAAAAUCCGCAGUCUGCAGGAAACCGUCACUACGCUGCAGGACACACGGAGUUCUGACAAGCAGAAGAAGACGGAUCCAGUGAAGUCAGACCAAACACCAGGUCAGGACGAUGAAUAUGGAGGCAGCACAGACGAGGAGCCAGAGGAGGUGCAGCCGACUCCAGCCUCCAAUUUACAAUCCCGGGCUUCCUCUACUCCGAGCCCAUUGGAUGACAGCCUGCGUGACAUCACAGAUGUGGCUCCAUCUCGAAAGCGUCGCCUCCGUCAUCUCGGGGCUUUGGGACCCACAGUGAAGAGACCGGAUCCAGAGACAUCUCAGAGGACCAGCAGCGACUCUGCAGGGUCCAGUAAGCUGCUGACUCCCCAGCGCUCUGCAGAUGCUGCAGCAGCAAGUUCAGCAGUCGAGGACCUGUUCGAGGACUUCUGACUACAGACCAGGCAGGAAUCAUAUUUUUAGACAGAAUUAAGGGAUUCAGGGUCUUAAUUGCUGUAUUUAUAUGGAACAGUGCAAACACAGGGGGACAUUACAGUAAAGGACAAUAGAUGGGUGUCAAGUGUGUGAAACUAGGGUUGUCUGAUAUUUGACGGAAAUUUAAAAUUGAUAAUAAUAGUUAAUGAAUGACUGGCCAAUGUUUUGUGUUUUUUACCUGUAAAAAUGAAUAAACAAAUAUCUGUGUGUAUUUUAAACACCGGAAAGGUUUUGCUUUUGUAGAAUGCUUCAUGUACAGAUUUCUAUAUAUUUAUAAUUUUGUCAUUUUAAUAUUUGUGCCAAUAAACUGCAGCAGCUCAAAGCACAA